GCCCCUUUAACGCCAAUCGCUUCAGCCACAGGAGUCUGGAGGCUGUCUCAGUAGCCCGCACGCGCCGCUUCUCGCGAACGUUCUGCAAACAUUAGUUAGAUUUACCUGUUUGCGGGGCCGAGGCGACCACGCGGGCACGGAGGAAGAGCGGGAGUGCGAGACUCUGAGAUGUUUCCUGUUUGGAGGAGCUGACUGGAGACUGAAUAAAGAACAGGCAAAGAAAACAAUAAAGAAGCGCGUGCUCAGAGCUUUCUAAUCCCUCUCUCUCGCUCAGCGGCUGAACCACACAAGUGCGCGUGAAAGUAGCGCGAGCAGCCUGCGCGGCGCGCGAGGGACGUUAAUGACUGACUGAGAAGAGCGAGCGCGUGAGCCUGUGAGCAGGAGGAUUGUGUACUGGACUGUGUGGGCUUUAAAAGAAAGAAGGGUUGUCGAGCUUCUUCUGCUGACGGUUUCGACUUUAAAAUGGGGAACUGCUGGCUGUAUUUUGGCGUCAUUCUUCUGUCCUGCCAAGUGGUUCGGAGUCAGCGGGUGCGGGUGCUGCCCGAGGUGGAGGCGUACCCAAAUGAAUCUGUUGAUCUGCGCUGCCAAUUCGCCAAUCCAGGAAGCACUAAACUCACACAGGUUUCAUGGAUCUUUGAAGCAACGGAGGGCCAAAGGGAGAACAUAGCAGUUUUCCACCCCGUGUACGGUGAGAGUUUCCCCACGUCAGCCUUCAGAGGGCGUGUCCAAUUCACCCAGCCCUCUCUGGAGUAUCCCUCCAUCAGAAUUAACAAUGUGAAGAUGUCCGAUGCCGGCAGGUACACCUGCGAGUAUGCAACCUACCCUAGUGGAAACGAGCAGGGAACCACCACACUCAUCAUGCUCGCCAAGCCUAAAAACUCGGCCGCGGCGGUGACGGUUCAGGCCGGCAGUGCUAAAGUGGUGGUGGCUCGCUGUGAAGCGCUGCAGGGGAAACCCGCCGCUACCAUCACUUGGUUGGCCGGCGGUGGGGGUGAGUACAACAGCACGUCUCAGAUGGAGUCAGAUGGCACGGUGACGGUGAAGAGUGAGUACCGCAUGGCCCCGGCGUCUGCUGAUAACGGCCGAGACAUCUCCUGUGUAAUCACCCAGCGCACACAAGACCGACCUCAGACCUUCACCAUGAAGCUGGCGGUGCAGUAUGCUCCCACUGUCAGAAUAGAGGGAUAUGAUGAGAACUGGUAUGUGGGUCGCACUGAUGCACUGCUGACUUGCCAUACUGAUGCCAACCCCAAGGUUUUGAAUGUUACAUGGACAACUGUGUCGGGAAACCUGCCACCCACCGUGCGAGUGGAUCAGAACAGGCUGCUGGUGCAGAAGGUGGAUGAGAGUGUGAACACCACCUUCGUCUGCGAGGCAAAAAAUAGUCUAGGAUCAGGGAAGAGCCAGCUUACUGCUUCAGUGAUCGAACUAACAGUGGACCCCUCCAGUGCUGGUGUAUUGGUGGGAGCCAUCCUCGGUAGCCUCCUAGCGCUGCUCCUGGCCUGCGCCUUGAUCACCGUCCUAGUGAUCCGCAGUCGGCGGCACCAGCCCAGUUACUCAGGCGACAAUGAACAAGGCAACUACAGCCACAAGGCUCGUCUCUUUGGGGUCAAAAAGGCCAGCAAAAAUGGCACAGGAGCCAACAACAAUGGCCCCAUCUACACCUACCGAGAGAGUGAACCGGGAGCCCUCGUCGAGAAGGGUAACGAAUUCCCGCACGCCCCAUCAGGAAUCAUGGCUCCCCACCACAUCCCGCUGACCUGCGAACUGGACGAAGCCGGGCAGCGAAAGUUCGACUCCCUAAACGACAGCAUGGAGGAAGAAGAAGAAGAAGAAGAGCAGUACGACAGCUUCGGAGGCCUCCCAACCAGUUACCACAUCCCUCGGCAUGAAGACAGCUACGGGGUCUACCUCGAUGAUGACAUGGAGUCACAGCGUGACGGAUCCAUCAUCUCUCGGACUGCCAUCUACGUCUAAGCCAGCGAGAAACAGGAGGUCGAGGAAGUAAAGGAAAAAAGAUUAUAAAAAAAAAGCUUUACUACACUCCCUAUACAACCUUUUAGAGACUUUCUUUUUGUUAUUUUGUGUUUUUAGUCUGAUCCACGAAAACAAAAACGAGAAAUGGAACUUCUGUUCAAUUGUUCAGUGGUAAAUUAAAUGUGGUGCUGCCCCGACUUAAGGACAGAAACAGCUAUAUCUAACAAUAUCUACAGUGGGGGAACGGAUGGGACGAUUAAGAAGAUAAGAAGAUAUCAGGAAGGAUGAUAUCAUUGCUACUGCACGGCUUGGCUCAUUUCAGUCCAAUUGAAUUUCAGUCACAGAGAAGGAUCUUGAGGAUUUGAACCAAGAAGGAACUCUGUAUGACUGUUCACGUAAAAGAAUUGGACAUAAAAUAAGUCUUGUAUGUCUUCUUACUUGGUAAAUCAUCCAUUGCUCAUCACAUUGAGUCACUCAGAUCUUUUCUGUGAUGAUACUCUCUCAGACCUGGGGUUAGAAAGUGCAUCAUGAACGAGAGAUCCAAUAUUUUAGAGGUGUACUUUUUGUUCAGUCAUCAGCGUAGAAGGUUUCGGGGGCCAAUAACAGUCAUUCGCUUUGGCGAGAGCUGUGACUCAUUUCUACCAGCUUCCACCGGCUUCUACCAUCCCCACACUCCUCCAUGUUCCAUAGCUUCGUUAUCGAUCUAGGCAAGUCUUCAUCUCUGAGGAAGCACAGACAACAGCAGGCAGUUUUGUUGGCUUGGGUUUGAGUUUGAGCUUCAGGCACUGAUCAUUCCUGUUUCAGAGGCUUUGAUCUCAGCGAUGCUGAUCAGCUUGGGCUGCACAGCCUUUGCUUUCUGCGUGGAUUUCUCCCUCAGUCAAUUCUUUAAAGUUCGUUUCUUCCAAACACAAUCAAUAUUUUAGUGCUCGUUGAUUAAUCGGAUGUCUUGUAACGGUAAAAGAAUUCCUGUGAGCUACUCCAGGGAUUCUAGGCAGAGGCGGGAUAAAGUCCCCCCUUUCUUUGCCAGCAGAACAGUCUAUUCUGGAUGAUGUUUAAUUCAGAAGGCAGAAAGAGAGAAAGAGAGAGAGAGAGAGAGCGAGCGAGAGAGAGUUGCGCAUUAGCCGCGCGAAAGUCUGAUACUCCGAGCCUCUUUUUACUGAUUAAUCCAGUUAUAUCAAAACCAUAUAAUGAAACAUCUGAAAAGCACAACCCGGAUGCCCGUGUAGGAGCAGGCGCAGUUCGUGUGGCGCGGUUCCGGCAGCCUUCUCCAACCGUCCAAUCCUCAAUGUGAAUAAAAGGAUGGACUGGGGGAGUGUGGGGCAUUAAAGAAAAAAAGCAGGAAGGAAAGGAGAGAGAGAAAAAAACAAAAAAAAAAAAGGAUUGAGCAUGCUUUGACGACUCCUCUAAAAACAGAUUAUGUUGAUUGAUAGGAGUUGCAGAGUCGCCCAAUGUGGGCAGGCCUUGAUAAGAGGCAGCGGAGCAAACGUGCCUUUGAACGGGGGGAUUAUUCGACCACAGUGCGAAGGCGGACUCGGGCUCGCAGCGCUGAGCCGGGCCUCGUAUGCCGCCGGGGGUUCAGCGGAGUCCGUUGCCUUGAAAAGCUGCCAGUUGGUGAAGGUUAAGGGGCUAACCGCUCGUGCAGCAUGUUCAGCAAUGAGAUUAGGCCGCUCACCUUAUAGAAAGAGCACACUUUAUCAUUAGCAUGUGUGCUUUAGCAUGAGAAGAAGGAGCCUCACAUGGAAAGUUGGGAAAUAUCAAUAUUGCAGCCCAGCAUUUGAGUUAUAGAGUCAUAGAUACUGUUGACUUCGUAUUAAAACAAAAAAAAAAAAACACAUACUACAGAAGCUGACUAAUGUGUCUGCAGUCUAUACACUUGUUUUGCAUGAUACAGUUGCAAGAAAAAGUAUGUGAACCCUGUGGGAUUACUUGGAUUUCUGCAUAAAUUGGUCAUUAAAUGUGCUCUGAUCUUCAUCUAAGUCACACCAAUAGACAAAGACAGUCAGCUUAAACUAAUACCACACAAAAAAAAUUAUAUGUUAACAUUGACAGUGCAGGGUGGAAGAAGUAUGUGAAACUUUUUGGUCGUUGUCCUGUUGCAUCAUCCAUCCUCUGUUGAGCUUUAGUUGGCGGACAGAUAAUCUUAAGUUUCCCUGCAAAAUGUCUUGUUCAACGUGGUUAUUCUUUUUUCUGUUGAUGGCAGCAAUCCGUCCAGGCCCCAAGGCAGCAAAGCAGCCCUAAACCAUGAUACCCCCUCCACCAUAUGGUGUGCUGUGCCUUCUAGGAUUCUUCCUCACCUCAUUGAUCAUUCAGCGCUAAGCUCUUGCAGUCAUUUUUACAGGACAACCACAUCUAGGGAGAGUAGCAACAGUGCUGAACUUUCAGCAUUUGUAGUCUUACCAUGGACACAUGAACAUUAAGGCUUUUAGAGAUACUUUUGUAACCCUUUCCAGCUUCAUGCAAGCCAACGAUUCUUGAACGUAGGUCUUCUGAGAGCUCUUUUGUUAGAGCUCUUCUCCAAUCACAUCACAUCCUGGCUCCAAUUAGCUCUUAGAAAAGUCAUUAGCACAGGGGUUCACAUACUUUUUCCACCCUGCACUGUGAGUGUUAACAUGUUGUGUUCAAUAAAACCAUUCAAACAUAUAUUUAUAUAUAUAUAUAUAUAUAUAUAUAUAUGUAUAUCGUGAUUGGUGGACUGUUCUCAGGCUCAGUUCAUCAGUUCAUCUCAGUUCAUCCUUAUGCCAGGUUUACACUACAUAACGUUUAGAGCCGCCAGGUUGGCGCAGACUUUACACUACACAACUUUGUAGUCUUGUGCACAAGGAUGCAAUUGACAAGAUCUUUCACCAGGAGGAACACACGCAAGAACUGCUGUCAUAGCAUCUCCCUUUUUUCUUUCUUUAAUAAUGGAAGUUUGUGAGAAACAAAUGAUACAACUUUGUGUCAUUCAGUGAGCUCUCGACAUUGCAUUUUUUUUGCAGUUUACACAUAGCGACCUUAAGUAGAACAAGUUCAAGCAACAAGACUUUCUUCCAAUCUUCCGAAAACAAGUCUCCAAUAACCUUUUUCAAAAAAAUUGUGUAGUGAAAACCUGUCAUUGACCAUAAAUUAUAGUUAUGAUACUAAAACAACACUACUCAACAUCCAAUGCACAUCCUCACACACAUACCACACACAUGCAAAUGCACAAAGAUUAUAGAGUAAUACUAAUUUUCUACUAUAACUACUGUAAAAAGAAGACAUAGAAGAUGUAGCCUACAGUGAUUUUCACGUUUUUCCUUUGUUUUUUUCUUUUCUUUUACAUUUUCUCCCCUAAAUCUCUCCAGCUUUCAUAUUUACACAAAUAAAUAUGGCUGGGAGUGUGCUUUGUGGGGGAAUGCUGAAGCCCUGAAUCACUCAAGCUGAAAAUUAAGAAUUGAGAUGCACAGUGUACAACAAUGGACGUCGAAAUACAGAAUAGGUCUAUUGUUUGAAGAUGACUAAGUAUUAACCUCCCUUUACUUUUAUCCUCCAUGUAAUUACUUUUUAAGAGCGCUACCGGAUACCAGAGAACCGAGAGUGCAACCCGUAGCAGUCAAUAAUCAAAAAUAAUGCAUAAGGGGAUUGAAAUGUUCGGAUUAUAUAUAAGCAAAGUAAUAAGUGUUGGGUUUCGGGACUAAUGCUGUUAAUGGACUUUCUUGAAGUGUUGCCAAAAAAAAAAGACGUGUUUUGUGUUUCUAGUGACUGUAAGUUUAGCGGUAUUGUUGAUAUAGUUUUGGUUGAUUUAUAUCAGAUUAGUACAAUAUAAGUAUGUUGUGCACAGGUACACUCAUGGUGUUGACAUGUUCUUGUUCGUUCCAGAAAACAGUAGACGAUAAUUUACACGGACCGAUUUUAACAGCAGCUUAUCUCUUUCGUCCAACGUAAGAUGUUUUAAAAUGUAACAAUGUAUUAAUGUAUACAGUAUUUUACAGUCUAAGUGCCUACCAGUAUGUUUAAAUAUGCUCACUUUCCUGAAGAACAUUCGUGAGAGAGAUGCUCUAUCAUAUAACCUCACUUUAGGUGUCAGUAGAUUUAAGUGUACUGAAAUCAGUACAGUGCAUUUAUCAGCGAUAUUAAGGGAUGGAUCAUAUUGCCUGUGAACGAGUCAUUUCUCCUAUAAUAACUAAUAACUGAACCACUGAAUCAUGGUGUCUGUAAGCCAGUUUAUUUCGUUUUGUCAUUCCUUUAUUUGCUGACAUUAAUGUAUAGCAGGGGUCGGCAAUAGGAGGCUAUAAUUAGUGAUAAUAAAAAAAUAAAAUGCUUCUCUGGUGAGCUUUUGUUUAUAUUCCUCCCCUGUCUCACUGUUGCGCUCGGCUUUAGUGAUUUUAGUUUCCACCCGUUCUCGUGUUUGCGCCCUUUCUUGGGCUUUCUAUCUCCUUAUAAGGGCGUUUUUCCAAGCUGUGUCCCAAUUCACUAGCCAGGUCAACGAUAGUGUAUUGGACCCUGACUAUUUAUUUUUUCCUUUCUUCUCGGGUUUAUCUGCUUUGAAUUUAACUGUUCUGCAAUUGGGUUCAACAAGCCUCUGGGCUGGAGAGCUACUAGUCUGUAGCACAUCAUCUCGUUACACUUCCUUUUACAAAAGAGUGGAAUGGCUUGGAAAAUAUUUUAAAAACCUAAUUGUCGACCCCUGAUGUAUAGUAUAUUGUGCUCGGUCAUAUUGCACUGCCAUGUAUAUAGAAAUCACUGUAGAAUCUUUUAUUAUUUGCAAGAAUUUGACUUUUAUUUUGGCUUAGUUGUAAAUAACAAUGUAACAAUGGUACAUGAAAAAAAAAUCUGUACAUGGGUUCAUAUAACAAAUUCACAUUACUGCUGUAUCAGUAUUUCUGUGUGGAAAUAAUCAAUAAGGUUCUUUUUGAUUUUCAUUUUUUUUUUUCUUUUUUAUGUUUUUUUUUUUUGUGAAAGUAAUGGAGACAGUACCAUUCUGUGAAAUGUCAGUCAGUGGUGUGUAACUUGACGUGAGGUGUCCAUAUAUAAAAUAUAUAGAAAUAUAUAUACUUUAAGAAAAACAUUCUGUGAAACAAGCAGAAUCCGUUCUGUAUCAGUUCUGUAAACAACAGAUGUAUUGAUCUCUCCGACACCAAGUGUGGGUUUAGGUGUGAAAAACAAGCGGAGCAGUUAAGAAUGACCUGAGAUGCCUUGAUAUACCGGUGUUUUUUACAGAAUGGUGGGAGGAAGAGGAGAGUCCGCCAUCCAUCGCUGCUCAGACAGAUACGCCUGUGAAAUGUACGCUCUACAUGCGUCUUGCCUAUACUUAUACAAAUAUAUAAACCUACACGUGAAAUAAUACACAUUUAAACAGAAGCUGUAUGCACUGAAACACACGUACAUUUUAGAUUUCUGUCUACAAAUAUCACUGAAUACAACUGUACACUACCUAGUAGGUCUGCCGCUCUUGAUUAGCUUAUUUAUCAAGCAAAAAAUAUAUAUUAUUUUGUUGAUAAAACCAUGUAAAAGUAUUUUAAUGAUUCCAAUAUACUUCCUAAGUGAUAAAGGGCCCUAUCUGUAAGCUAUCAUAAGAAAAAACACAACAUUAGUAUGUCAUAUACUAAUUCUCUUAAUUCAUUAUGUGUGUGUUUUGGGCAUAAUGUGAAAUAAACCAAUCAGCAUGUCACAAUUGCCGUUCGCUUUAAGAAUCGGGUGUGCUCUGACUUUGGCAGACUGGCAUUUUAAUUUAAGGACACUAAAUAAAUCAGCAAAAAUAAUUGAUACAUGUUAUUAGAUUUUUUUGGUACCACUUUAAAACAAGGCUCCUUUAUAUAAAGUUUAUAAAUAGUUUAUAAAUUAGUUUAUUAAUGUUUUUUAUUAGGUUGAAAAUACUUUAUAAAACAUUAAUAAACAGUUAAAACACAUACUUGGAAAAGGUCAUUUGUGGCCUGAUGUUUGUUGUUGCAAACAGUGAUUCCACAUUCAUUUCUAUAUUCUGUUAAAGCUCAGAUCUUUCUGGAUGCUUGUCUUACUUUGUCUGUUCCAUCAGUCAGCAGUCAUUAACAUAUCUGUUAAUAACAUGUAUGUUAUUAACUUUAACUACCCAGAUUUAUAAUUUAUCCAAUAAUAAUAACGUGGUGUAUAUUAAACAUUUAAAUAACAUUAAUUAACAUAAAAUAAUUAAAUAACUAAACUAAUUUUACAUAUUAUUUUAUUAGAUAUGUAAAGUAUUCAAAGUAGGAGAUGCUUCAUGUGUUGUAACUACUUAUUAUUGGCUUGUGAAUUAUUUACAACCUAAUUGUUAAACAUUAACAAACUUCCUCGUAGACUAUUUAUAAACCGUUUAUAAAGGAGCCUUAUUUUAAAAGUGGUACAGAUAUUUUUUAUCAUUUUAAAUAUACAGAAAUAUUUCAAAAAAAUAUUGCUGCUACUAAAACAUUUGCUUUAUUUCCUCAGUUUUUGUUUGCUACUGUUUUAAAUAGGAACAAUCUGAAGCUGAGCAAGUUAAUAAUUACAUACUACAUGCUCUAUGGGCCCUAUUUUAUGAGCCCGACCUAUAGGUGAGCCGUCAACAGUAUGUAGCACAGCUUGAUUUAGGGCGUGUCAGUGUGUCUUUGCUAUCAUAAAAUUGCAGUGAAAUCCCAGAUGUGGAGAUUUUUUUUAUCGUAUUUUUCGCACUAUAAGGUGCACCGGAUUAUAAGGUGCACUAUCAAUAAAAAUCUAUUUUUGGACUAUUUUCAUAUAUAAGGCAAACUGAAUUAUAAAGCGCAUUUUAUGCAACACUAGUAAGAAAAAGUGUUGUUGCCAUAUUUUCCUUCUAAUUCUAAUGGGUAGCGAGACCUCUAAAGCUAAGCUAAGCUAAGCUAAGUAAACAAAACUGUAAUUCUUAAAACAAAAACAUUUCAGACGACUCAGACAAGUCAAACGAGCGCUGAAUGUUAGUCUACACAGAUUCUCUCCUGAAAUCUGUUUAUUUAAGUGAGUAAAGCGCUUCCGUUUAUCUAGCUUAGAAUCCCAAAUUUCCACUAAGGCUAUGUGUAGUAACAUUAGCAUUAGCGGCUAACCACUUGCACCAGCAGUUAGCGGCUGAUGCCACCUAGCAGCAUUACACUGAGGAACCUUAAGGGUUCCUGUAACCCAGGGCGCUACUAGCUAGCGGUUCGUCCCACUUAGCUUGUUUUAACACAGUAAACAUGCAGACUACAGUCUAAUAUGCUCACCUCUGAAUGGCCGAAAGAGCUAGCGCUUAGCACAAUUAGCAGCUAAUGCUAAUACAGCUGGAGAACUUAACUAAAACUGCUUUAUUAGAGUGAACUUCAGCAGAACUUCAGUGGCUUUACUGCUCCUUACAACCUGACUGGUUAAAUUCAUACAUAAUGCCCACCAGAUUGUAAGGCACACUGAUGAUUUUAGGGAAAAUUAAACGAUUUUAAGUGCGCCUUAUAAUGCAAAAAAUACGGUAAAAAUAUACAGACCUAUGUAUGUACCUUUUUCCACCAUUUCAUAAAUAUGCUGCUCCUGGUUUAAAGCAGUAAAAGUGCUCAAAGCUAUUUGUACACACACACACAGGCACAAAUACACACACACACAAACACACACACACGCCAUGCCCUCGGGUUGCCCAUUAUUUAAUGUAAUUACUUAGCACACUGACAUAUACCAUUAUUUCACCCACUUUAUCGCAGAAGUCAGGAUCAAGACUCUUCUUAUUAGUGUUGUACCUCACUGGUCUGGGGGCUUUCACGCACUCAAGGUUCUAGAUGAAGACAGAACCACCCAGGCGUUAAUCCUUUCAGAGAACUGUGCCACAGCAGGCACAACACUAUCAGGCUAAAAGGCAAUGUUUCUGGCAUGCAAUUACCCCGGCUGUCCAAGACCGUCAUGCUUAUUUUAAAAGCAGAAAUGGGUCACGACAUCUCCAAUUCCUGCCUGCCUGCAAUCUUCCAACAACUAAACUAAAGCCUUAAAACAACACAGCAGCAGUGCUGUACUUGCAGUGCCCUUCACCCCACCUCCUCUCUAUUACUUGUACAUAGUAUAAAUAAGAAACAGAUCGUUCCAAUAGCACUACUAAACCGAGAGCGAAUUCACUUUAGCUGAGCAGCGAGGGGCCGCAAUUUACCUGUGCUCUGUUCUGAGAUCAGUGUUGCGUUUUUUUUUUUUAAUGUUCUGGGCUUUUGUCUCCCCCCCCUCGCCUCCUCCCUUUCUUCUAAUUACUGUGCACAGUAUGUUCAGAUUUAGAUCUUUAAUCUCUUUGAUCUUUAGGAAACGGUUUCACAGAUAUAAAAACGAUAAACCUCUCUCACACUCAUGCAUCAUUUGUACACUGUGUUUAUUUUAAGAAAGAAAAAAAGAACAACAAAAAAAAGAAAAAACAGAGAAGAUGUUAAGAGAAGAUUCUGAGCUCCAAUUUUGUCAUGUCACAUUAUUUUUGUAUUCUGGUUGUAAUUAAAAUCUGUUUGAUUUGUAA